GCGCGGGACUUCGUUCUCCCGGUAGUACUCCAUCGCCUGCUGCUUCAGCCUCUGCAGCUCCCUAGUGGUCCCAAAGCUACGGCCGCCGCCUUCUCCCAUGAUGGAGAGUGUUGGCGUGUACGGACUCUGUGGGUGUGCAGCGAAGAGCAAAGUGAAGUGUGAUUCCAGGUGGGAAAUACCAGCUUCAGAAACAGCCCCCACGUCUGCAUAUUCAUCUCCAGCCCGGAGUCUGGGGGACACAGGGAUAACGCCGCUGUCCCCUUCCCAUAUCGUGAAUGAUGCUGACCCAAAUGUCUCGGAGCAGCAGACGUUUCUGGUGGUGGUGGCCAUUGACUUCGGAACCACAUCCAGCGGCUACGCCUACAGCUUCACCAAGGAGCCAGAAUGUAUCCACGUGAUGAGGCGAUGGGAAGGGGGCGACCCCGGGGUGUCCAACCAGAAGACUCCGACCACCAUCUUGUUGACUCCCGAGAGGAAGUUCCACAGCUUCGGGUAUGCCGCCAGGGACUUCUACCACGACCUGGAUCCCAACGAGGCCAAACAGUGGCUGUACCUGGAGAAGUUCAAGAUGAAGCUGCAUACCACUGGGGACCUCAACAUGGAUACAGACCUAACGGCAGCAAACGGCAAGAAAGUCAAAGCCCUUGAAAUCUUCGCGUAUGCCCUGCAGUACUUCAAGGAGCAGGCACUGAAGGAGCUGAGUGACCAGGCGGGGUCGGAGUUCGAGAACUCUGAUGUCAGAUGGGUCAUCACGGUGCCUGCCAUUUGGAAGCAGCCGGCCAAGCAGUUCAUGAGACAAGCUGCCUAUCAGGCAGGCCUGGCCUCCCCGGAGAAUGCCGAGCAGCUCAUCAUCGCCUUGGAGCCCGAGGCGGCCUCCAUCUACUGCCGGAAGCUGCGGCUGCACCAGAUGAUCGAGCUGAGCAGCAAGGCCGCGGUCAACGGGUACAGCUCCGGUGACGCAGUGGGAGCUGGGUUUGCACAGGCUAAGGAACACAUACGGCGUAAUCGGCAGAGUCGGACCUUUUUGGUGGAGAAUGUCAUAGGAGAAAUCUGGUCGGAGCUGGAGGAAGGUGACAAGUAUGUGGUCGUGGACAGUGGCGGGGGCACCGUAGACCUGACCGUCCAUCAGAUACGGUUACCGGAGGGACACCUGAAAGAACUGUAUAAAGCAACAGGCGGACCCUAUGGAUCCUUAGGAGUAGAUUAUGAAUUUGAAAAACUUCUGUGUAAAAUAUUCGGAGAGGAUUUUAUCGAACAAUUCAAAAUCAAGCGUCCGGCGGCCUGGGUUGACCUAAUGAUUGCAUUUGAGUCUCGUAAAAGGGCAGCUGCCCCAGACCGAACUAACCCACUGAACAUCACCCUGCCCUUCUCCUUCAUCGACUACUACAAGAAGUUCCGUGGGCACAGCGUGGAGCACGCCUUGAGGAAGAGCAAUGUGGAUUUUGUGAAGUGGUCCUCACAAGGGAUGCUGAGGAUGAGUCCAGAUGCCAUGAACGCGCUUUUUAAGCCCACCAUUGACAGCAUCAUUGAGCAUCUCCGGGACCUGUUUCAGAAGCCCGAGGUGUCCACGGUCAAGUUCCUCUUCCUGGUGGGAGGCUUUGCCGAGGCACCCCUCCUGCAGCAGGCAGUGCAGGCCGCCUUCGGAGACAAGUGCCGCAUCAUCAUCCCCCAGGACGUGGGCCUCACCAUCCUCAAGGGCGCCGUCCUCUUCGGCCUGGACCCCGCCGUCAUCAAGGUGCGCCGGUCGCCGCUCACCUACGGGGUGGGCGUGCUGAACCGCUACGUGGAGGGCAAGCACCCGCCUGAGAAGCUGCUGGUGAAGGACGGCACUCGCUGGUGCACCGACGUCUUCGAUAAGUUCAUCUCUGCCGACCAGUCGGUGGCCCUGGGGGAGCUGGUCAAGCGGAGCUACACCCCGGCCAAGCCCUCGCAGCUGGUCAUCGUCAUCAACAUCUACAGCUCCGAGCACGACGACGUGAGCUUCAUCACCGACCCGGGGGUGAAGAAGUGCGGCACCCUCCGCCUGGACCUCACGGGGACCAGCGGCGCUGCCGUGCCCGCCCGGAGGGAGAUCCAGACCCUCAUGCAGUUCGGGGACACAGAGAUCAAGGCCACGGCCGUGGAUAUAGCCACCUCGAAGAGCGUCAAGGUUGGGAUUGACUUCUUAAAUUACUAACAGGUCUGCCCCACCCCACCGCCUGCCCUCCCUGGGACUCCGCUCCCCUGCAUCCGCUGACCUCAACCCUGACUGUUCUUUCUCUGUCCUUGACCCUCAGCAUUGCCCACCUGAAUUUCAGCAGGGAAGAUGGGAACCACUAGGGCUAAAAAAUGAUUAGGGAUUUUUGAGGGCACACUGGAGUCAGAAAAAGCUGUCGGAAAUGGAGCUUGAGGUUUGGGAAUAAGAAUUUUGAGGAUCCCGGGAGAGCAGCUGGUUUCCAUAGGUACCCAGUGGUGAAACAGCCGCCCGACACAGGGGUUCAGCCCGUUUCUGUAGCAGCCACUCAGCUUGCUUUGAACGGAUCUCUGUUAGGGUGCCCUCGUCUAUUUGAGACUUUCUACGUUUUUUGGAUGGCAGUCAGUUUAAAAUGCUGUCCCUCUGCAGUUCAUUUCUUUUUGUCCUCACGUGAUGAGAAGCGAGGACUCAGUGGGAGCUGGGAGCCUGUUCACCCGGCGGGAGAGGCCUGCCCACGCUGGGCACUAUUUUAGAGUCUCAUAAUUUCCAUUCUGAAUAGGUUCAGGGAGGAGUUAAAUAUCGCCUGAGCUAAUCUGCGAGGAUUCCAGUGAGUGGGAGAGCUGACAACUUCACUUUUCAGCAGGUGAAAGCUUGCUUGGAGGGAAAUGGUAUUUAGGCGCUGCUGAUUUAUCCCAGAUCAUCUGCUAUGGCAUCAUUCCCUGAUGC